GAAAGAGAAAAGUUCCAAAACUUUGGGGAUCUUUCGGGAACAUCAUCGAACACACCCACCGCUGCUUACAAGGAGCAUUUGAGCAAUAAUUUGCCAGGCUAUUCCUAUUUACCAAACUAUGAGACUGACGGGCCUGCCUCAUUGAAUCCAAGAUAUACGCCAAUCACUCAACAAUAUAGUUCCAGUACGGACGAGGGUUGCGACACGGAUCACGGAGAAAUGGAUGAAGCACCUCCCACAGUUCCGGCGCCAAUGCAACGUCUCAAUUCGUAUGCAAGCAGUAGCUCAUCGAGUGGUGUGGUGACAAAUUUUCAUUCGAAGAGUCUAAGCCAGAAUUUGAGCUGUGAAUCGUCUAGAAGUAAUUUUUCAACGUUUGAAAGUUUAGAUUUGAAUCUCUCAGACUGUAGCAGCGAUUUAGCAGGCAGUCUUCCAUCCUGUGCAACAAGUGUUACAGCGGCCACCGAAAUGGACUCCUCUAUAAUGAUUAGUUCGUCUGCACUGCCACCUUGCGUUUACGUUUCAAUGUCGACGAAGUCACCUUGCUCUUUUUCACGACAUAAUCCUUUAGGAAAUCAUCAUCAACAUAGCACAAAACGAUGCAGAGCUGUAACGAGAUCGCCUGUGGAUUUUCGGGAAGGCCGUAGAGCCAGUGACGCUCUUGUGGCACAAGGUAUUCUACAUUCACAUUCAGAGCAUCCGUUGAACAUGGGUGUUGCAUUUAAUAGCCAACGCCUACAUGAAGCAUGCAAGGCUAAAGGAGUACUUGAAUUGCAUGUCCUCCAAAAGGAGGCGGCACAACUGAAAACUCAAUAUCAAUCAAAUGUUCCACCCGAUGAAAUGACGGUUCGUCAAAUUCAACACAGUCAAUUUCACGUGAAUCCGAAUAAACCCAAUGUGGAUUUCAACAUGUUAUUUCACACUCUCAAACAGGCUGAUUAUCUUACAGCUAAGCCCAAUGAUAUGUCUAAUUUUAUUAACUACAUGAAGUCGGACGCUAACAAACAUGAUCGAGAUUAUAAAGAGUCGAGUGCUACCAGCGGGGCCCAGAAACCGCCUCUCCAGCAGCAGUUGAUGCAACAUCGACUGCUUCAACAGAAACGGCAAAUCUUCCAGAAGCAAGUAGGGCAUGAAUCGAGCCUGAGUCGUCGUCAAAUGCUACGACAACAAAGCUACAAGAUUGCUCAGCAAACGCAAAUCUUGCCACCUUUACCGCUUAGCGAGACCGUAUCAGUAUCCAGCGCCAUUGGACCACCUUGUACAACCUUGCACACCCCAAUAGAAUUAGUACCUACAACAUGGUAUACAGGCAUUCUUAUCUCUGCAUAUGAUAUGUUGUUGAUGUCAACUGAUACAGAGCGGUUUCGAUUGAUUGUCCUGCUCGUUAAUCAUGUUGUUCUGAAUCGUCUAGAAUCUUAA